AUUGAAAAUUAAAAAAUAGCUAUGCCAACUUCCUGAAGCGUUGUAAGCAGGUCUAUGAUCGUAGGUAAAUCUUUCUUUUCUAGCGCAUCCAUUGACCAUGCCGUUUACUGCAAUGGCGGUAUAGAUAUUUCAUGAAGAAGAAAGUGGAUUUUCUGCAAUGAUGAUUACGAUUUGUGUGGGCAAGGUCUAGUUGUACUUUUAUAGACUACAGAAUUCAGUUUCUUCCAUAUUGAUCAGUGUAAUAGCCAAUAUAAUAUAAUCUUACUUCUAAAAAACAAAAAAAUCCAGUUAUCGAUAAUAAUUGUUCCUUGAGGAGUUUAUCAACUUACAACAAUAGGACGCCAAAGAAUUCGCGGUAAUCGUUCCCGACGUCUUAGGUAAUAUUUGGUAUUUCAUUAUCUGAAUGGACAAUAAGGUGGAUGUCUCAGAAGUAGAAAAUAUUUCAAUGAUUGGAUCUUCUGAAAUUUAUUAUCUGCCUGAAGUCGCAGAGAUAUCAGAGGUAUUAGAUUCUACUGGUCUUAGUCCAUUAACCUCUUCUUUAGACCACACUUUAACUCUUCAAGAGGAUAAACUGCUUUCAUCAGAAGUUAAUAUGGGUAUAGAAGAUACAUGGACUGAAGCAAAUAGUUCUACAUCAGACUAUGCUAUUCCACUUCCACCACCACCUGGUUUAAAUGAUUUUACAGAUGUUGGUGCAGAUCCUAUUGGUGAUAAUGGAACUGGUAUAGAAUAUGGUCCAUUUUUACCUCCUGAUACUCCAGCUCUAAACAAUUUGUUUUCAGAAGGUGGAGAUUCUCAAGAUGAUUCACAAAUGGAAGAUGUAGUUUUACGUGCAGGAGUAUGUGGUCUUCGCAAUCUCGGUAAUACUUGCUUUAUGGCUGCUGAAAAACUUCCUCCUCCUGGAUCAUUGAUGGCACAUUUUAGUGCACUUCUUGGUAAAAUGUGGUCUGGCAAAUAUAGCGUUCUUAGGCCUACUGAAUUUAAACAAACAUUGGGGGCAUAUCAUUCACAAUUUAAAGACUAUAGACAGCAUGAUUGUCAGGAAUUUCUUGCACUUCUAUUGGAUUCUUUACAUGAACAAAUGAAUACUGCAAAAUGUACAAAAAAUUGUCAAACUCCUUCAUCUACAACCACUGCCAACACGAAUAAUUCAAUUGAAAAUUCAAAUGGAAAAAUCAUGUCUUCAGUCACUGCCACUAGUAAUUCCAAUUGUAAUACAGAUUUAUUGGAAAUGUAUGAUUGCUUACCAUCACCAGAAUGUCCAAAUAGCCCCAAUGUAACAAUGGCUGGUUCACCAAGAGACUUAGGAUCACCUAUAGGAGAAUUAGAUAGUAUUGUAAAUUCGCCGCGAGGAUCACCUUUAAACGAUGGUGAGGAUGACGAAGAAACACUUGAUUCUGAUGAAACUGUUGAAGCAAAAUCAAAUACGUUUAUUCAUAAUGAAGUCGAUGGAAAGAAAAAUGAAGUCACACCUUCACUAAGGCUAGAAACAUUAAUUGAAUUUUCAAAAAAUGUUCCGAAAUACCAUGGUCUUUAUGAUAUUCAUAAAGAAGCAAAAACUAGUAAUGCAAACUUCUUAGUAAUGCAGCAGGAAUGUAAUAAUGAGAUUCAUUAUGAUUCACAAAAAUUUCCGAAAGAAAAUAUUCGUAGAAUGCCUUUAGAUAAUUCAAAUCUAAUGGAAAAUCAUGAUUUUGAUAAUAAAAGUGUUAGUAUCAAAAGGAUAAAAGAAGUUAAUGUUCAAAAAGUCAAUUGUGGUAUAGAUUAUGGAUCAAGUGGUUCUGAUAUAGAAUAUGACAAUGGUUUAGAAAAAUGUAAUGUAAAACGUAUGAGAUUAGAUGAUCAAGAAAAAAAUCAUAAACGUGAUGGUCAAGGAAGUAUUAGUUCUCAAUGCAUACGAAUUUCACAAAGUUAUGGAAAUGGUACUGUAGAGACACAAGAUGAAAUUGAGGCUGAUAAACAUUGGGCAAAGCAUUUAAAAUCUAAUAGAAGUAUUAUCGUUGAUACUUUCCAAGGACAGUUUAAAAGCAAGGUUGUUUGUGCAGUAUGUAAUCAUGUUUCUGUUACGUAUGAACCUUUCAUGUAUUUGUCAGUGCCACUACCUCAUGCAAUGGAGAGACAACUAAAUGUUACAUACGUUCCUGCAAAUGGCGAUCAACCUAUAAGGUGCGUUGUUUCAUUAAACAAACAAUCACGCAUUGGGAAAUUGAAGGAGGAGCUAUUAAAAACACUUGGCAAAGAAAAUAUUGCAGUAACAAAUAUUGCACUUGCUGAAGUUUUAGAAAAUCAUAUAUCAAAGAUUUUGGAUGACAAUACACUCUUGAGACACAUCAAUGAUACGAAUCGAUCUAUAUAUGCCUUUGAACUUACGGAACCUCCUGAUGCAUACACUUCAGUACCAGAUGGUGGUGGAGAUCGUGUAACCGAGGCCGAUUCCUGUCAGAAAUGUACAGUUACGGGAGAGGAAAUACCAUGUACAAUUUGUCUCGAAGAAUUGGAUAGAGAUUUGAAAAGGCACAGUGGGAACAGUUGCAACUUUGUUAUGUGUGAUACUUGUAUUGAGAAUUACUUCAAAAAUCAAACGGAACCGCAAAUGUGCCCAAUGUGUUCAACUUAUAUGACUGCGUCGUCUUUUAUUAAAAUAGAUCAAACAGGCAGACCGAGACCUGCAAUUAGGAUCUUAAAUGUACCGCUAGUCUUGCGACAUGAUACAACAAACGAAACAUCAAACAACCGUAAAGGAACAAAACUUUUUGGUUAUCCUCAUUUAGUAAGAUUACCUUCAAGAGUGAAUGCUAAAGACUUGUACGAUAUUGUAAGAAAAAAUGUACCACAAGAAGGAAAUUAUACACUUCAUUUUGUUACAGGACAGGGUCAUCAUUGUUCUCGUUGUAUGUAUACUACACAUUGUACAGGAUGCAGUGUAUCUGAAACGGGUAUGGUAAUCUUAUGUAAUGGUGAUACUUUAGCAGUGCGUUAUACGGAGCAGGUUCCUAAAAUCGCAUCUCCAAUUGAUCAUGUUAGCAUCAGCAAACAAAGGCCUCAUCAUCCUUUAUCUUUAUAUGAUUGUCUUCAAGCAUUUAGUCAAAGCGAAACAUUAGAUGAACACAAUCCUUGGUUUUGUCCAAAAUGCGAACGAAAUCGGUGCGCUACAAAAACUCUUACAGUCCACAGAUAUCCAAAGUUCCUCAUAGUGUAUUUGAAACGAUUCGUAUUUUAUGAGUGUACUAGUAUGAAAUUAGAUGAUAAAGUUACAUUUCCAUUGGUUGGUUUAAGCGUUGGACAACAUCUAUAUGAUCUUUAUGCUUGCGUUUGUCAUUUUGGAGGGGUUUCGGCAGGACAUUAUACAGCAUACGCGAAGAAUCCUCGCACUGAUACGUGGUACUAUUACAAUGAUGAAAUUACAAGCAGACAGAAACCUCAAGAGGAAGAUUUUAGCAACGCAUAUAUACUUUUUUACAGUCGGCAAGGGACCAAUUUAAAAUCGUGCAAUAUAUAACCAGUGCUGGAACGACGAAACUGGCAAAUAGUCAGUGAGAUACAAAGAGUGAGGAACAAAAUAGGAUACAAGGAAUCAAGAGAAGAGUUUACAAGGUGUUACGUUUAUAUGUUGAUCAAACUACAUCAUCUUGAAUGGAAAACUGCUCACAAAUCUCUUGAUCUAUUUUUCCUAAUAAUUCGCUCAUGGUCUGCCUCUUUGUCUCUUUUCCUUCCUUACAUUAUCCAAUUUCUUGCUGUUAAAUUUCUAGCAAACAUCUUAUAUAAAAUGAUACAGCACAUACAUCGAAAUUCGUUGAAUAUUGUGCGUUUUAUCAGUGAUCAUUUAUUCAGUUGAAGGGUAUUGUGUAUUUGCUAGAUUCAUUAAUGGCGUUUAAUGUGAAAACAGCAGUUGUAAGGAAGAAUUAAUAAUUUGAAAAGAACUAAAUGUAUUUAUACAAGAUUAGUGCGUAAAUAUACGUUGAAUUUGUACAGUAGGUGAUUAAACGUAGACUUUGAGGUUUUGAACAGACGUAAUUUAUUAGUGAAUAAAGGCGAAUGUUACGACUAGAACACACUUAAAAGUACGAUCCUUAAUGAUGGAGUGUAACCAUUCACUGUAUCAUUAUUUCCUUUUUAUUUGAAUGGAUACAAGACUGCUAAAAUGUUCAUAAUCUGCAUGUACAGAGAAAAAAAUUUGUACUUGCAGAUUAUUUAUUAAAUUAGUUUUGUUGUAAUUUUAUUACAAGAUAUUCAUUUUAUUUGUUAUAUGCGCUCGUAUCCUCACGCGUACAAUCGACACACGCAUGCGUUAUAAUACAUAAUCAUCAUAUCUGUUGUUAGUAUGCUAUUUGUGGCCCGAUGACUGUAUUAUAUACGUCUUUGUCGUAUAAGUUAUUGUAAAAAUUA